AUGUCAAAUUCGACUUUCACAAUGAACACCCAAUCCACUUUACAAUCGUCACAAUUGCCACCUACAGUAUGGCAACCAAGACCCCGCUCUCAGAUAACACCGCCAGUCGAGGUUCUAUAUCAUUAUAUUCGACUUUUUGCUUCCCAGAACAAGCUGACACAAGCAUGGCACAUUCUCCGAUGGCUUCACUCCGCCUACUCAGUCGCUGCCACCAGGGACUCGAGUAGAAAGAUCACAACCAAUGUUCAAAUGCUCCAGCAAUGUAUCGAGAAGGGAUGGCUUUUUGUUUGCAGCGGUCCGGCUCCUAAAUUUGAGGGUCUCCGGAGUAUUAUCGUUCCAGCUCAGCUUGCCACACCCGAGUCCUUUGUCCCACCAGUCGAUCUGUUGUACAACUACGUCGACGAAUUGAACAAGAUGGGACUUACCAAGACUUGCUGGCACCUUUUCGAGUGGCUUCAGACCGCUUUUAAUCAGGCCUGCAAGCGUGAUAUGAACCCUUACUCCACUGGACCAGUCGCCACUGCUCUCAAGAAUGCGCUCGCUACUAGCAGCGUUGUUGCUAGCCCCCGAGAUGUUCCUUACAUGCAGGAUUUCUGUCGUCAACGCUCCGCCAUCGAUUUCACUUCACAAUAUGUCACUUGGUUUGUGAAUGAUACAAUGUGGGAUAGAAUUCCACCCCGCUUCCAGCUCGAUAUGCUUGAAGUUGGACGAUUCCCACAGACCCCACGAAAUCGAUAUGGUCAAUGCAUGACCCCACCAUGCCCCCACAAGGCUUAUAAGAAGACUUUGCUGGCCGAGGGUGGUUGUGAGUGUGCUGACCGCGAAGAUGUUGCAUGGAACGAGCUACCUGCUUUCGAAGCUGCUCUUAUCGAGGAGUACAAGCAGGAGGCUGCUAGCAACAGUGACGACGAAGCUUCUGUCACUGACGCCAGCACCGUUGUCGGCGAGGAAAUUGAUCCUCGUGAUGCGGAUGCUGACAGUGCUUACGGUUCUGAUAGCGAGCGCUCUUCCGCUUCCGACGAAGCUCCAAAGGCAAAUGGCAUCAAGACUUCUGUUGUAUAUACUCCGCCACCACUCUCUUUGGUCGUCUCCCGAGCUCAAGCCACUCGCAAUCAGAAACGCACAGCUUCUGAACGUCAGCGAAUCCACCAGGAGGUUCUCGAACAAUGGAUCAUGAAGACCAACCUUGCUGUCGGACAAAAGCGAGGCCGAAUCCCUUCUCUUGUUUCUCCCUCUGACUGCCGUCGCCACAGCACUGCUUCUGAAGAAGAUGAUACAAGGUCGCCAAAACGACUCAGGAAGCACUAA